AUGGCGGAUGACGAUUUCGACCUCUAUGGUGAAGAUGACAGCUUUAAGCCAAACAUCGAUCUCCAUAUAGACCUAGACGAGUCGUUUGAAUCCGACACACAGGAAGAGGAAAAGAAGCCUGCCUCGCCUGUAGUAGGGAGCAAACGUCCAAGGGAGGAAGACAACGACCUACCCGACAACGUACCCGAUAUCAACGACCAGAUCGAACAGAAAAUCGCCACUGUGUCCGACUCCAACUCAAAUUCCGGACCACACAUGAAUGGAAACUAUGGCGGCCGGAACAUGGGCGCUGGUAUGGGUGCGGGCGGUGCGGGUACUAAUGAUGCACUCUAUGUCGGAGAUCUGCAAUGGUGGACUACGGACGAAGACCUCCGGAAAGUAGCACUGAACGUCAACGUCACGGUUGAUCACAAGGACAUCACCUUCUCGGAACAUAAGGUCAACGGCAAGAGCAAAGGUGUGGCCUACAUCGAAUGUGGAAGCCAUGAAAAUGCUCUCGCCUUGAAGAACUGGCUUGAUAACAAUGACUUCCAAAAUCGUCGUGCGAACGCCAACUUAACCAGCUCUGCUCAGGGUAAUCCUUUCCGUACGCUCCCGAAAGAGCCACCUCCUCGAGACCAACGCAACCAAAACAAUAUGGGAGGCGGUAACAUGAAUCGUGGCGGUGGCAACUUCCGUGGAGGAGGUGGAGGAGGUGGCGGUGGUGGAAGCGGUGGCGGAGGUGGAGGUGGAGGCAACCAUGUAGGCGGUAUGAACAAUAAUGGCAUGGCCAUGCAAAACAUGAAUGGGGGUGGCGGCAUGAACAUGCGUGGCGGAGGCAUGAUGGGCGGUAUGAUGCGUGGUGGUAUGCCCGGUGUGAUGGCAGGUAUGGGUAUGGGAGGUAUGGGGAUGGGAAUGGGCAUGGGCAUGGGUGGUAUGGGUGGCAUGGGCUUCGUCGGUGGUGGUCGUGGGGGCAUGAUACCACAGGGCCCCAGGGGCGGCAUGAUGAACGGUGGAUUCGCUGGUCGCGGGGGGAUGAUGGGUGGAAUGGGUGGAAUGGGAAUGAUGCCUGGCAUGAUGGGCGGCGGGCGAGGUGGCUUCAACAAUGUCCAGGGACACUUCAAUCCGGCAUUUAUGCAAAACGCACAAGGCGCUGGACAGUAUGGACCAAAUGGACCAGACGGGCCACGUAAAAGGUUCAAGCUCGACGAUUCAUAG